ACACAGUGCUUUGCCGCGAAUUCGUGGAGCUUUUCAAAGUUACUUAAGUAACAAAAAAAGGGUUUUGUGUAAAAAUAAUAAGUGAGUUUAAAUCGAAGAAGUAACUGAAGUGAGGUGAGGUGUGAGCUGUUUACCAAGAUGGGGCACCUUAAACUCAUGAUGCUGGCAGUCCUGAUGGCGCUGACGAUAGCUACGGCCACGCCGAAACAACGAAAAAGAGAAGCUCCUCUCAGCUCAUCUUACGGACCGCCUUCGAAGCCCUCUCCGUCCUAUGGUCCUCCCCGACCGUCCCCGAAGUACGGACCACCAUCUAAGCCUUCCAGUUCAUACGGGGUACCAUCCCGACCUUCGUCUAGUUACGGGGUACCGAAACCCUCUUAUGGAGUUCCACGUCCUCCAUCAACGAGUUAUGGAGUACCCACCGGUCCCUCGAGUGUGUAUGGAGCGCCCGGAAAGGGUUCAGGAGGACAUGGCGGUGGCUUCGGAUCAGGGGGUUCAUUCGGUUCUGGUGGACAUGGUGGCGGUUUCGGUUCCGGAGGCGGCAUUUCUUCGUCCUACGGUGCUCCAUCUCCUUCAUAUGGCGUGCCGUCACAUGGAUCAGGGGGACACGGUGGCGGUCAUGGCGGUGGACAUGGCGGCUCGUCUGGUUCAGGAGGUGGAAGCAUAUCGUCAUCAUACGGCGUUCCCUCACCUAGUUAUGGAGCUCCCUCUUUCGGUUCGUCCGGCUCCAGUGGUCACGGCGGAAGUUCUUUCGGUUCUGGAGGAAGUGGGAUCUCAUCCUCAUAUGGUGCUCCUUCUCCGUCUUAUGGCGCUCCCUCAUUCGGUUCUUCGGGUUCCGGAAGUUUAUCGAGCUCCUACGGUGCCCCCUCUCCAUCUGACUCUUAUGGCGCUCCGAUUCCAUCACCUUCUUACGGAGCUCCGUCCGGUGAUUCAGGACACGGCAGCAGUGGUUUUGGAGGCUCAAGUUUUGGCAGCAGCGGUUUUGGUAGCAGCGGUUUUGGCGCAAGCGCUCCCUCAAGUAGCUAUGGCGCUCCGUCGAGUUCAUAUGGCACUCCUAGUAUUGGCGGUGGUCACGGCUCUUCAGGAGGUGGACAUUCUUCAAGUGGAUACAGUUCCGGGGGCGGAUAUAGUUCAGGCGGUGGACACGGUUCCGGAGGCGGGUACAGCUCAGGAGGUUCUGGUGGAUAUAGUUCCGGAGGUGGACAUGGUUCCGGAGGCGGCUAUAGUUCAGGUGGUGGUCACGGAUCCGGAGGCAGUUACAGUUCAGGCUCUGGAGGAUAUAGCUCCGGAGGUGGAUACAGUUCAGGAGGUUCUAGUGGAUAUAGUUCGGGCGGUGGACAUGGUUCCGGAAGCAGUUUCAGUUCAGGAGGCUCUGGUGGAUACAGUUCCGGAGGCGGACAUGGUUCCGGAGGUGGCUAUAGUUCAGGUGGUGGUCACGGAUCCGGAGGCAGUUACAGUUCAGGCUCUGGAGGAUAUAGCUCCGGAGGUGGAUACAGCUCCGGGGGUUCGGGUGGAGGUCAUGGUUCCGGUUCCGGUGGCUACUCCGGCGGAGUGCCAGCCACCAUCAGCCAGGGAUACGACUCCAGCGGCGGCUAUGUGUAUUAAUAUAUUUAUUGUAUCUCUUCAGCUUUGGACGAGUCACUGUCAUAAGAAUGUUUUCUCUACUCGAUCAUUAUUAUAGAGCUCUUACUGCACCUAUUGUUAAGAUCAUAUCUCAGAUCUCCGACACGUCUGUCAUUUUAUAUUCUAUGUAUUUCGAUAUAACAAUUCAUUGUCAAUUCCAAAGCUGAACACAAAGUAACAUAAUGUGUAAGUGAUAUUUAACUUGUAAUAAAAAUGUACAAAAUUAAGUAUAAGGAAAAGACAAUUUUAUACAAAUUAAAUUUGUAAAUAAUA